AUCACGUUUUUUCGAGUGUUUUCUUUGACAAGAAGAUUCGAACAUUUUCACAUUUCACGCAUUGUUUUUAAUUUCGUAAUUUUGUAAAACAGCAUUCGAUAUCAAUCGAUUCAUUCUAUCAACGAAGAUGGCGGAAAAUCAAGAACGUUUUGAUGGCAUAUUGUUGUCGAUGGCACAACAACAUAAGGGAGGCGUUUUGGAAUUUUUGGAUACUAUAUUCAGCUUUAUGGCUCGAAAGACAGAUUUCUUCAUUGGUGCCGGUGAAGAGAAGGCUAAAAAAACAGUGAUGGAAACAUUUGAAAAAUGGAAUCAAGAAUCCAAACAAAUUCACCAACAACAGGAAAAAUUGAAAAUAGAAAAAGAGAAAAAGCAUCAAGAACGGUUGGCGGCUAAAAAACGUGAAGAAGAGGAAUAUAUCAAAAAAAUGAAAGACGAACCAGCCAUUGUUGAAAUUACCGAUGAAGAAGCAGAAAAAAUGAAAGAAGAACAAAGAAAAAAACAGCAACAAGCAUCAGAAUUGAAUAAUGGCGACAAAACAAACGAAGAAAAUAAACUCGAUGAUGAUCAACCUGCUGUCAAAGACAACGAUGAUGAAGAUGAUCCAAAUAAAUUGAAACCAAAUUCUGGCAAUGGUUGUGAUUUACCCAAUUAUUCGUGGACACAAACUUUGGAUGAAAUUGAACUAAAAGUUCCUGUUCGAUUAGGCAUCAAACUCAAAUCACGUGAUGUUGUCGUUAAUUUUCAAAAGAAACAUUUACAGGUUGGUGUCAAAGGUCAUCCAUUUAUCAUCGAUGGUGAUCUGUACAAUGAGAUAAAAUUGGAAGAUUGUUUUUGGGUGAUUCAAGAUGCAGUGAUGAUUGUUAUUACAAUGACUAAACAUAACAAAAUGGAUUGGUGGAAUAAAUUAAUAACAACAGAUCCUGAAUUGAACACUCGAAAAAUUAAUCCAGAAUCAUCAAAAUUAUCCGAUCUUGAUGGUGAAACACGUAGUAUGGUGGAAAAAAUGAUGUAUGAUCAACGACAAAAGGAGAUGGGUUUGCCGACAUCAGAACAGCAGCAAAAGCAGGAAAUGUUGAAAAAAUUUAUGGCUCAACACCCAGAAAUGGAUUUCAGUAAAUGUAAAUUCGGCUGAUUGAUUUUUAUCAAUCACAAUGCCCAAGAACUUUUCUGCAAUUUAGUUUGUUAUAAUAUGAACAACAUGGCGUUGUAUCUGUUGAACAAACACUUUCGCUUGUAUUAUUAUUUUCUAUUUGAAUAAAGAAUUUGUUUUAAAACUUA